CAGAGCCAGUUACCAACGUGGGGGUCAUACAGAGCAGACGUGAAGGGCACAAGUCAUGGCGACCUCUGCUAAAGCUGAAGAUGAAGCAGUUACUAAUUUUAGGACGUAUUUGAGGAUACCAUCAGUGCAACCAAAUAUAAAUUACGAUGAAUGUGUCAACUUUCUUAAGCAACAAGCUGAGAGCAUUGGUUUGGAUUUCAAAGUGUAUUCAGUGACUGCGGGCAAACCGAUCGUCGUGCUAACAUGGGAAGGAAAAAAACCAUCAGCAUCUUCUAUCCUCCUGAAUUCUCAUAUGGAUGUAGUUCCGGUGUUUCCGGAUAAAUGGAAACAUGAUCCCUUUGGGGCAGAAAAGGAUAAGGAUGGAAACAUAUAUGCUCGAGGCUCACAAGAUAUGAAGUGUGUGGGAAUACAGUAUCUGGAAGCAAUUCGCAGACUGAAGAAAAAAAAUGUCAGACUUCUGAGAACUAUACACGUGUCAUUUGUUCCAGAUGAAGAAAUAGGAGGCAUCGAAGGCAUGAAGAAAUUUGUAACUACUCUAGAUUUUCUCUCACUCAAUGUUGGGUUUGCUAUGGAUGAGGGCAUGGCAAGCCCAAAUGAGGAAUACGUUUUGUUUUACGGAGAGAGAAGCAUAUGGCAUCUGCAUAUACAUUGCCCUGGUUCCCCUGGACACGGUUCCCUUAUACUACCUGACACUGCAGGAGAGAAAGUCAGGUACAUUAUAGAUAAAUUUAUGGAUCUAAGACAGAAGGAAAAGGAAAAGUUGCAGAAAAACCCACAGCUCAAGUUAGGGGAUGUUACCACAAUAAAUCUUACACAGCUUCAGGGAGGAGUUCAGUCAAAUGUUGUCCCACCUGAGUUGACAGUAGUGUUUGAUGUAAGAUUGGCUCUUGAUGUUGCACAUACAGAGUUUGAAGAAAUGGUUAACAAGUGGUGUAGAGAGGCAGGAGAAGGAAUAUAUGUGGAGUAUGAACAAAAAUGUCCACUAGUUGAUGCAACAAAACUGGACAAUACAAAUCCAUGGUGGUUGGCAUUCAAAGCUGAAUGUGACAAAAUGAACCUCAAAUUGGUGCCACAAAUAUUUCCUGCAGCCACAGACAGCCGAUAUAUUAGAGGGAUUGGCUUACCAGCUUUGGGAUUUUCUCCAAUGAAUCAUACACCAGUACUUCUGCAUGAUCAUGAUGAAUACCUCAAUGAGAGCAUUUUCCUGAAAGGUAUUGAGAUAUAUGAGAACAUAAUACCUGCUCUGGCAAAUCUGUCAGAUCCUCAGUAAUGUAUUUAUGUAACUUACUGGGAUAUUUAAAAAGAUAUUUACACCAAUGAUUUCACUAAAACGAAGUAUUAAUAUGUGAAAACUGAUAUAUAUCUCCUCCUCUAUGCUGUUAAGUAAUCAUGUAGUCAAGAUUUAAUAUUAUUUACUGAGGUGAUUUUUAAAGCAAGGUUUCAAUUGAGAAUUAAUAAAUAUAAACAAUUUGUGUGAGGGAGAGUAGUAUCAGUUUCUGAUGAGAAAAUUCAUACUUGUCUUUUUAAAAUGAAAAUAAACAUUGUUACUGAUUGUUAUCUGUUAAAUUGUUCCCUCUUCAAUGUGUCAACAUUUCUAAAAUGUAAUCAUUGUGAGGUCUGUCUUGGUAUCAUAAUUCCCAAACAAUUGUCACUUCAUGGACAUGAAAUUUUUGUUUUGCUUCAUCCUUAAAAACAAAUGACCUUCUUGUUUCCUCAUUGCAUUAAUACUGGUCUUAAAGACACAGUGGGAUACACAAAAUAGUUAACUACUUAAGUUUUAGGACAGGAUUUGUCUUGAUCAAAAUAAAUGUAUAUACACAUUUUAGUUGUGUAAACUGUCUAAAGAGCAACUUCUUUCACAUGCAUCAUUAGGUCACUUUAAGAAUAAAAUUGCUUCCACAUGGUCACAAAACAGAAACAGCUAAAAGUUAAGCAGCUACUUCUAAUGUUUGGCAUUCUGCAUGCACAAAGUACGUGACAAUGAUAUGGUAACUGUAAUCAAGUUACUUUCUAGAAAGAAAAGAUGACUUUCUCAAUGUGUGCAAUUUGUGAAAGCAAUAGUUAGCUUAAAUAGUAGGCUUAACAAUAUUGUUGCAUGGUAGAAGAUAAACAUGAUUGUUUUUAGAUAUUUUUAUUUUACUUUUGUAUAUUAACCUCAUAUACUGAAACCUAUGUAGAGUGUUGUUUGUUAAAACACAGAGUGGUUGUUCUAAUUAAAAAUGUAACAAUAACCAGUAAUUAUAUUUGUACAAAAUAUCAAAUUAAGUAUGUAUAAGAAUUAUCCACAAUGU